AGUACCUGGCCACAACAUGGGAAAGGUAAUCCCUAUACGGUAUAUAUAACCCGUCACUGAGUCUACCAGUUAUCAGUCUCUUAAACGCUCUUCAACAUGGCUAUUAAGGUUAUUGUCCUCGCAGCUCUUCUCGUGUCGGUGUUGGCUCGGGCGUCUAAUCUGCCACAUUCCCAUCAUGAUUCUCCAGCAAACUACGAGUUCCAGUACGCCGUGACGGAUGAAUAUUCAGCUAAUGACUUUGGUCAACAAGAAUCACGCGACGGUGACUACACACAGGGCUCAUACUACGUGCUGCUUCCUGAUGGUCGCCGCCAGAAGGUGACUUACACCGUCACGGGAGAUUCUGGCUACGUGGCCGAGGUCACCUAUGAGGGACAGGUCCAGUAUCCCACCUCCUAGCUAACACUAAACUGUACUGCUGUGCUAUUCCUUAAAACACGAGUAAAACCAUUACACUUUUCAAAGUUCAAAUAAUCUUGUAGGGUAAUCAUCCAUUGUUCAUGUUCUCGUUGUUAAUAAAGUUUUAAAAUGA